AUGGUCGAGCCGAAAGCCGGUAUCGAGCGUCUUGCACGCGAGACCCGUCAGAGAAUUUACGACUACAUAUUCAGCGAUACCGGAGAUCAGACCAUCAAGGUGACAUUAGAUCAGCACAACAAGCUCCGCUUCGAGAAUGGCAACACGAUCUUUGACCUUGUCCUGACAAGGAAGAUCUUUGCAGAGGAAGUCUUACCCUAUCUGUUUCAAUACAUCACUUUCGCAUUAACAGACGAUCUGCGUACCUGCAGCCCCAUCGUCAAAGCUUUCUUCCAUACAUUCAAGCCCGAUGGGAAGUUUCACGCCAAGAAGAUUGCUAUAACGUUCUUCACCAUCCGCGGUCUCCUCGAUCUGGCGCGCAUCACGUAUCCGUACGCCCUUGGCUCUGGCCAGGGUCACCAUGGGGGUACCAUUCCUAACGCCCAAAUCAACUCAUACGUACGCUCAAAGCUGGUGUCAGGGCUUCAAUACAACCUUCUGGACAUAACAUAUGUCUUAAUAAGAGAUCUUGAGUAUAUAUUCCAGCUAUUGAACCGGAUGCCAGGUCUCAAAAGCCUCAAACUCGGUGUCGACGUCGUUGAGUUUCUAGCCUGCUGUGCCCCGUACGAUUCAAUGGAACGCCCGCACAAUGUCGCUGGCCUUUUCGAACUGGUCAGGCAAGAUACGAGUGGCAUAUGGCCAGCCAGCCACUAUAUGCUGAGAGCUCUGCGUACAAUGAGCGGUAUGGGGAGAUUGCGCAACGUUGAGUUAAAACUGGAUUGGGGUGACUUUGUGUUGAAUAGAUAUCGAGCAGCUGGCGUGGUCUUUGGGCCCCCAUGGACGAGUGAAGUGAAACAAGAGAUGGAAGAGCGAUUCGAGGACAUGAUUUUCGGGUGA